AUGCUGACGUCCCAACCCAAGCCGAACAUUUCAAUCUCGGAUACAAAGAAGAGCGAUGCUCCGGCCACUUCACCAAAUCGCCAGCCCACGAGUUUCUUCUCACUCCCACUGGAAUUGCGGCAGAUGAUCUACGACACGUGCAUCCCCGCGACUUACGGGAUUCUAAUUAUCACGGACUGGCACGAGCAAACUGUGCUUGCACUCCAGGCCUCGCAUCCCCUAAUCGCGUCAGAAGUUCGCGAACGAGACAAAAGACAAUUCUCGCUUCUUCGCAUCGUCGUCGCGCCACGAUCCGCUUUCAUACCUGCUCUGUUGGUGCCACAACCCCCUUUUGCGAGAAUCGAAGAAGUGGACUUCGUGUUCGAUACCAUUGAUCCAUGCAAAGGCGUUCAUUGUGAUCACAUCCGUAACGCACUAGUUCAUCGGCAGAUUACAUCAAUGAUCACGACCACUCGGAAUAAUACCGACGCGAGACUAUGGAACCAGAACUUUAUGAUUGAUUUUCGCGGCGCUGUUGUGCAUUGGCUGGAAGGAAGACUUGAUAAGGCGCAAGACUUUUAUCUGUAUUUCUUGGUCCAGUGGAUCUGGACGAGGCCGGGCGUGCAGUAUAUGCUUCCUGAGUCAUGGUAUCAUGACCGACUCCGGAUGAAAAAGGAGCAGGCUUUGCGAUAUGUGGAGGACUAUACACAACGCUACGAUCGUGAUGAGCUCGGUCUCUAA